GGGCCAAGAAAGCCUAGGUUGGAGUAUCUUUUUGUGCUAAUAACUGCAGUGCUGGGGAAGCUUCACUCCAUGUUUCCUUUCUCGAGACAAGGCGUCAUGUUUGGCACACAUAGGUAAGCCAUCAUCUUAUCAUGUCCAAAAUUUCCGCAGUUGAAAGAAACCUCCAGCACUAGCUUGUUCCAAGAAGUCUUCUUCUUCCCCCACAACCAAAAGGCGGCCAUCGUCGUCAUCAUCGCUCCCAGCACUGAGCAUCGAGGCCGCAGUGGUGCAAGAGAAGUGCGUAUCGCCCAAGACUUGGACCGUUUCAAAGUAGCGCAAGCUGCCAUGGCCAUCUUCUUCCUCGGCUCCUUUUGCGCCCGUGGUGCCAGGAGAGAAUUUCUUUUUCGAGCUGUUUUCUGGGAGGGUUCCUUGCAAGGUUGCUUCCGGCGAAGAGGCAUAAAAAGACAUGGAAGUCGAAGGAAAAAAGGCGGAGGAAAGAAGAAGUUCAAGGGUUUGGAACAGUUCAACACGGUUUUCUCCGUUCAGAGAAGACAGACAGACAGACGGUCUGAGGGAUCACGGAUGGACGGAUGCAUGGAAAAGGAUAUUCAUCUCCUUUUGGAAUUUGGUGUGGAAAGUCACGGCUAGUGGACGACUCUCUUGGUGAAUUCUGUUGGGCCUUUUACCGUUUCAAUGCAGAGGGACGACGUCGGUGUCAGUGGAGCCUUGCCUGCGACCGAGGCGAUGCUCACUUUGCCUGCUGGGAUGUGGAUCAUCUGGAUCCCUGAUUUGAACGCAUGGAUUGGAUUUCUCUAAUCAGAGUAGCACCACGGGUAUGAAAUCCUGCCGUUUUCAGACGGGACGAAAUAUUUGUCAGGGGAUUUUCAUACUGGCCUGGCUAGAGAUCAAGAUAAUCAGGUCAAACAUUUGUGUUCAACAAUUUUUUUUUUUGUGUGCCCUGAGCGCAUCCAUAUUUAUUACUAGUAUUUUGUAAAGUAUGUGUGUGUGGCUGCGAAAGGGUUGACCGGGGGUCAAGGGUGAGUGGCUUCUUUCGUUUAAACUAAAGUAUGUGUGCUUUGCAGUCGCAGGUCGGAGAUUAUUCUGCUCCUCA